AUGCAGUCUAGGAUAUUUGGUGAAGUGGGUGGCGACAGUACUCCAUUAUGCACUUUACCUAUAUUUUGUCGAGGCUCAGUACUCUCUGAAAAAAAUGGUUCAUCUAACCACAAAUGUAUUCACACAGAAGAAAAACCGUACCGUUGUGAUAUUUGUGGUAAAAAAUUCCUGAAAAAUACUGCUUUGUUGAACCAUAUACGAAUUCACACAGGAGGGAAACCAUACGACUGCAGCAUUUGUGGGAAAGCAUUUUCUCAACAUAGUAACUUGUUGAACCAUAGAAGAAUUCACACUGGUGAGAAACCACAUUGUUGUGAUAUUUGUGGUAAAUCAUUCUCUCAAAACAGCAAUCUGAAAACUCAUGGAGGAGAGAAGCAAUAUCAUUGUGAAAUAUGUGGUAAAACAUUCUUUGUUAAUUCUUCUUUAACUAGACACAUACGAAUUCACAUAGGUGAAAAGCCGUACUCCUGUGAUAUCUGUGGAAAAACAUUCACUGCUUCUAGUUCAUUAUCAAUGCAUAAACUUAACCAUACAGGCAAUAAGCCAUACCACUGUGACAUUUGUGAUAAAGCUUUCCUUAACAAUAACGCUUUGUUGAACCACAAAAGAAGUCACACAGGUGAGAAACCAUACCAGUGUGACAUUUGCAAGAAAUCAUUCUCUCAGAAUAGUAAUUUAUCGACACACAAACGUAUUCACACAGUUCUCUACAAGCCAAUAUUUAUAUAA